CCCAAACACGACAUCAUGCCCGCGACAACAUACCCCCCACAGCAGCCCACAAUCGACCAGCAGCCCGCGCCGUCCCGCAUGAUGGACGCCGCCAACCCGCCGCCUGACAAGACGACCGAGGAGACGCUGCGUCUCCGCGGCGGAUGCGGAGUGUCGUGCUGUAACCCGUGCGCUAUCAAGAUCCUGGGCUUCGGCUUCUCGUGCCCCCGCCCGUGUAACAUCGAGUGCUGCUGCAUCACUUGUGGUGAGAAGGGUAUUUGAGAGGCGUGAUGCAGCCUUGGUGAAGAGACUAAUGAAGCCGGUCGUUGUAUCCUGCCGGAAUGUAUCCAUG